CACUCCGCGUCCGGACGCGGCAGCACGGGGCGCGGACACUGCGACUGGCCUUCGGACCGUGCCGCCAGCCGACGGCGUCACAUAGUAGCCGUGACAGGCGUCGCCCAACAAGCUGACAGACAUGAUGCGACUGCUGCUUCUGCUGGCUGUGCUGACUGAGCUGGGACAAGGCUCGGUCGCGCAGCGGAUCAGCACCGAGCGCGUGGACCUGUACCAGGGCGACCGGCACCUGGUGCACCUGGACAACACCACCUUCUUCGGCGCGCUGCUGGACAAGCCCCACGCCUGGGCUGUGGAGUUCUACAAGGACUGGUGCGGACACUGUCAGAAAUUUGCGCCGAUCUGGUCGGAGGUGGCGCGCCAGACCAAGGACUGGGGUGCCGUGGUGAAGGUGGCCGCCAUCAACUGCGCGCGGCGCCGCAACAAUGCCAUCUGUCGGCGCUACGGCAUUCACGGCGUGCCGGCGGUGCGGCUGUUCGGACCCGGCGCCAGCCGCGGGGACCCGGGCACCUCCACCAUCCGUCACCACCCCGGCCAGAUGGUGGACGCCAUCGUCGAGUUUGUCACGACCGUGCACGGCCGUCGGCGGCCGGCCGGGUGGCCCGACCUGUCGCCCUUCACCGGCUCGCUCCAGCAGCUGCUGCAGGGGCCGGAGCCGGUGCAGGCGCUGGUGGAGUCGCCGACAGCCGAGCGGCCGGCGCUGGUCGUGUUCCGCGCCGGCCGGCAGCAGACGGUGACGGCCGGCCGCGGCGAGGAGCCGCGCCAGGUGUUCGGCAGAGCGCUGCGGCAGCUGGUCGGCGCGGGAGGUCAGCAGGGCGCCGUCCCCACCGCCGCGCCGGCCACGCCGCCGCCGCCGCAGGUGACGCCGGCGCCCACGCGCGCGCCCACCGGCUCCGUCUUCAUGGUGGACAUGGAGAACGCUAUCGUCGGCGCGCUCAAACAGGAGGUCACCAGCCACCAGAACAUCACCGGCGAGAGGAUGACGGCACUGCGCGGCUUCCUGCGCAUGUUGGUCAACUACUUCCCGGGCCGACAGCAGAUGCUGCAGUCGCUCAGCCAGCUGCUGCAGUUCGUCGAUAAUCGCGAGAAGGUGACCGGCGAGGAGCUGGAGCGCUUCAUGCGCUCGAAGACGCCGUCGUGGGCGGGCCUGCCGGAGCUGCAGCCGUACCAGGCGUGCCGCGGCUCGAAGCCGAGCUACCGGGGCUACAGCUGCGGCCUCUGGACGCUGUUCCACACCGUCACCGUGCAGGCUCGGCGGACGGAGAAGCGCCUGGGCCGGGCGGUCACCGUUCUGCCGGCUAUCCACGGCUACGUCAAAAACUUCUUCAGCUGCAGCCACUGCUCGCAGCAUUUCCAGCGGAUGGCAGCCCAGGACGGCUUGUUCGACGUCACCAACGCGUACGACGCUGUGUUCUGGCUGUGGCGGGCUCACAACAAGGUCAACAAACGGCUCGCAAACGACAUUACUGAGGACCCACUACACCCCAAGAUCCAGUUCCCCGACCAGAACCUGUGCCCAUCCUGCAUCGUAAACGGUCGCCACGACCCACAGGCCGUGCUUCAGUUUUUGGACGCCUUUUACGGCGCCGAAGCAAUCCGACCCGAUGGAUUGGCCUCGUGGCCCGUACCUGCCGUGGGCCAGUCCAUCCCGCAGCAGUCGCCGGCCCCUCGGCCUGUCGCCGCGCCGGGUGGGUCCACUGUUGGCGUACCGGGGGCGGCCGUUCAGCCGGCCGGAACGGCGCAGCAACCGCAGAGGGUGCGCGUGGUCUGGCCGUUCCCGUACCCGCGGUCAGGCACCGGGCAGACCAGGACCUCCCCGAAGGUGGUGUACGGACGGCCGAUGCUGGUGCGGGUGGUGCCCGGCUCGCUCCCUCCGUCGUUCGGCACGAGAUCCCACGCACCACACAUCGUCCAACCCGGCGCGGCUCACGCACCACAUAGGGCCUUCCCACGCGUUGUGCACGCGGGGCACAACGUGUCGGGAGCCCCGCUCAGUGCGGGGCAGUCGUCUCACGAAGGGCUCGGGAUCACGCGACCGCUUCUAGUGCCCACCGGGAACCGAUCGGGCUUUCCUAUGGGGACGCAGAGCUCGGCGGACCACGUCAGGGUCUACUGGGUCCCGACCAAGCAGUAGCGACCGAUCGACUACGUCAGGGUCUACUGGCUCUCGACCAAGCAUCAGUGAGCAGACCGGCGAACGUGUCGAGUAUAUCGCAUAUUGUCUCAAUUUGAUGCGCAGGUCCGGGCUGGGGCAGGUCCAGGUCUGGGUUAGGGCAGGUCCGGGCUGGGGCAGGUCCAGGUCUGGGUGGGGGCAGGUUGAUGGGGGCUAGGUGGUGUGAUGGGCAUCUUGAUCCUGAUACAAGUAAACAACACGAAAUUACUAAAUGUUGUCUGGCUUUUGGUGAAGCUUAUUCCAAUGUUUACAUCUCUUCAAGUAAACCAAAUCUCUUCUUCGCUCACUUUAACGCGAGUAAUCAUGUAGCAAACGACAGCACUGCAACGCACCUCGGUUCUGGAAGGGGAGGUGAGGAACACUAAUCACGUUGAUUUCGGCACAUGUUGCGAUGCAUUUUUAUCGGUGAAUACCUUAGAACUCCGGUGGCAUCAGUGAACGGUUUUAUUGUUUUUUUCGUGACACUGUCAUAUAUGUGCCACAGCACAAAAGCGUAUGGCUAUAAUUUGCAUAAAUGGGUUAUCCCCGAAGUGUCUAGAAGAGUCAUGAACCUCAAGAUGCAACUUGAUGAUGAUGAUGUUUCUGCUAUAAUGUAUCAUAAUAAUCAGGCGCAGAAAUCUGUGAACGCAUUUGAUUCAUCUUUUAUCGUUCAUACAUAUCGCAUGGUCUUUUAAAAUGAGACUGCGGGCGCAUGGAAGAUUGCCGGCGCAGCGUUUCUCAAACAUCAUAUGUAAAGUGUAUCAAGAGAUUCUUCGGAAAUAAUACACUGAAGUUAAGUGUAUGGCAAUGAGGAAGCCCUCAAAACCUCGCUAUUCUGUGCUUCCAUAUCCGGUGAGUUGCAUGCUUUCGUUCGUCAGAUUAAGAACGUUGGUAAAAUAUACAACAUUCUAACAGCA